AUGGCUCCCGUUUUCAACGUCUGCGGCUUACUCUGCGUGGGAUUCGUUCUGCUGGCUCUCGUCCUCACUCCCGCCGAUGCCAUGUACGCCACGUCCGCUGAUCUGAACCGCGAGGGAACGUGCUACCGCGGCCAAUUCGACUACGGCGAGAGUUCGGAUUUCGACUACGGCAUGGUAGCGCAGGUGCCUUCGGACGAUUUCAACAGCGGAAAGGGCUGCGGAAGGUGCUACGAAGUCUCCUGCAUGAACCACCCGAGCUGCUUAGAGGGCAGCGUGCUGGUGCGCGUGGUCGGCCAAAACGGCGACUUCAACCUCAACUUCGCCGCGUGGGACAGAAUCGUCGCCGACCGGGCUGCGGGGCGCGUGGAGAUCGACUACCGCAGCGUGGACUGCCCUAGCAACGGCGGCCUGAAGGUCAGAUUGGUCGACGAUAGCAACUCGUACAACUUCGCGCUUCAGAUUCUCGGCGCGGCGGGGAGCGGAGGCGUGGAGAACGUGGAGCUGUCGAACGACGGGUCGCAGUGGACGAGCAUGACGACGUACGGAUGGGGCGCCACGUGGGUGCUGAAUCCCCAUCGCGGAAAAGGGAAAUUGCGAUUUUGGGGGUCCGAAGUUGCUUUUUGCGUUUGCCUUUUCCGUGAUGCCGCCAAGGACGUCGUCGAUGCGGGGCGCCCCGUGAGCGUGCGCGUGACGGGCGGCGGGCAGCAGGUGGUGCUGCAAGACGUGAUUCCGAGCGGAUGGAGCGCCGGGACGACCUACGAGAGUGGCACUAACUUCUAG